AUGAUCUUAGGCGUGGAUGCAAGGUCUCGCUUGGACCCUCCUGUACCGGAAACCUAUUUUGGAAACUGCGUAGUGGGCCGUGUAGCAGUGGCCGAAACAAAAGGCCUGAUUGGUGAAGAUGGGUUGGUCGUGGCCGUAAAGGCAAUAACUGAGGCCCUGAGGAGCUUGGACGACGGGGUUUUCAAUGGGGCUGAGCUUUGGGAAUUCAUCGACUUUUCGCUGUAUGAUAAGGUAUAUUCAAUUGCGGGUUCACAGCGGUUUGAGGUUUACGGUACUGAUUAUGGAUGGGGAAGGCCGAAGAAGAUCGAGCUCGUUUCGAUAGAUAAGACUGAUGCGGUUUCUCUUAUGGAUAGCAAAAAUGGUGGUGGAGCUAUUGAGGUUGGGUUGGCUUUGAAGAAACCACAAAUGGAGGCUUUUGCCUCUCUAUUUGCCAAAGAUCGAUGUACUUACCUUAUCUGA